GCUGUGUGGAAAGGAAAUGGGUAUCUAGAACUGAUAACUCGUGGCAUUGUGAUUUCAUCUCCGCAUCUAGAACUACCCAUUUUUUAGGUAUCUGCAACAGCAAUACAUGUAAAAAUAUGGAUUUGAACAAGAUUAAAUUACUGAAAAAGGAAGAACUGUUGCAGAAAUUAAAACAGAACGGUUUUGGCGAAGUGGCUAUAAUUUUAGAAGACAAAAAUAUCGAUGGGCAAAUAUUAAUAGAACUAAAAGAAUUUGAAAUUUUCAAAUGGAAAUUGAAUCCAUCCCAAAAAAGAAGUUUAUGGAGCUGCAUAAAACAAAUUAAAGAUGAACCCGCUCUACUGAUGGUACAACCUAAACCAAAAGUGCUACAGAAACCAUUCCUUGCAAAAGGCAAAUCUGGGGAAAAUACUGAAUCGAACAGAAUAUUGAAAAAUAAAUUAGAAGGUCUUCUAGGCGCAUCGGCGACUAUCGUCGGUAGCACCUCUACAAUACCAAAAGUGGGGAAAACCAGACCUCUACCAUCCAUCCAAAAUGAAAACAAACCUUCUAGUAAACCUCUUCCACCCCCACCGCCGCCUUCUCCACCCCCACGAAACGACGCUUUUAAAAACACGAAUAUUGUUAACAAGAAAACUUCUACGUCUUUUCCAAAAACUACAAAACUUGAGCCAUCUACUCAGAUAAUUGAAGACGAUUAUUAUUUGCAAAUGGCCCCCCCUAUGGAUCUAACGAAGCAAGAUUCUAUUUGCGAUUAUCUCAAACCUAUUGAUGUACCAGUAGCACAACGGAAGCAGAGUAAGUCUCCUAACUUACCAAAGAAAAGGGUAAUAAAUAAAGUUCGUUCUACCACUGUGAACAAAGAUUCCGAGGAGACAUACCAAAAUAUAGAAAAUACCUACGAACUGUCUCCUCCAGUAGACAAUGUCAGAGGAAAUAGGAACAUGCCAAAUAUUUCGGAUAGGAAAUCUCCUUCGAAAAUGACUGUAGACGAGGAUAUGAACGACUACGAGCAAUUGCCCCUUAAUAUGUCCGAUGGUGUUAUUCCAAAGACUACUGUAAACGAUUUAAGAAACACUAUUGAAGUUAUUGACGAAAAUGCUUCCCAACAGGAAUCAAAAUUUUCCUUUUUAACGUCAACAUUUAACAUUUUUAAGGGGAUAACUAAAAUAAAAAGUGUAUACGAAAAUUACGACAUUCAAGGGGAGAAGCAGAAUCACCCAGCGGAAAUGCCAGUACGAAAUAGGCCUUUGCCCCAGAUUCCUGUUUCCCCAACACCUGUGAGAUCGAGGCCAGCCAUCCUAUUUUCAAGACCUUUUCUCCCACCUAGGGAAGAUUCUCCUAGUUCACAUUGCGGAGAUAACUACGUUGAACUUACCAACAAACUUGUUACCGGAAAACAUCCCAUUUCACAAGAAACUGAUGAUUCGGAUGACGAAGACCAAAUUUAUGAAAAUACUGCAAAAGCUCAAGAUACGGACGACGACGGCGAGCAGUUGAUUUACGAAAAUACAUCGAAAACGGAAUAUUCUGAAGACCAGCAACUUUAUGAAAAUUCAGCUGACAUUCAUGGUGGUAAUCCUUCAAUAUCUACAAAGACAAACAAAUAUAUAGCUGGAGAAUCAUCGAAACAUGUUCCCGAUAGACAUUUUAAAGGGAAAGCACACGCUGAAAAUUCGAUAAAACCAGAUCAAAAUCUCAACGCCGCCAAUACACAAUCGGUGCAAAGUCUCGCUUUAUUGUUGUCACAAAAAUUGAUGGAAAGAGACCAAAGGCAACAAAACAAACAACAAUUCGUAGAGAGCGAAACAGAAUCGGAAUUUGACGACGAAAGCCCGCCAAUUUAUGGCAACAUUGAACCAGACUCUCCCAAUCCGUCCCUCAAUCCAUCUCCCAUCCCUGAAAGCCCUCCGCCUGUACCAAUUUUUAAAAGAGCUUUACCUGAAAUUCCAAAAAGCAGCAUGUCUCCAAAUACAGCAAGUGCAAAUAUCAUUUCUUCAACUCCUCCUAGUAAAAGAAGGGACUCAUUUAAGGCAAAGGCGAUUUCAAAUAGAAAUUCCAGUGGCCCCACGAAAGGCGAAAGGAGGGCGAAUAUUAAUAGUACACUUGAACCUCCUAAACCAGCAAAUUUAAAUUAUGAACACCAUACGAUGAAAAAUUAUAAAGGAAACGACAAUCAGCGCCGUCCCGGCAUACCAACUCCUGAAGAAGAGGAAAGGCUUGGUGACAGUAUUUUUAAUUUAAGUGAAGAACCCUUCUACCGAAACACAGACAGGAAAGGUGCAAAGCAAAAUUUGUCACGGUUCGAAAAUGGAGCAUUUUUAUUCAGGCCCAGUCAAACUUACUUUUUGGUCCUGACUGUUAAACACAACAACAAAAUUUACAAUUUUGGAAUAGAGAGAAGCCCCAACAAUAAACUGCGGUUGAAUACUGAAGGAACCAUCAAACCACCAGAUUUUUUUACACUACGAGAAUUUGUUGCUUAUUUCACCAAAGAACCCAUCACAUUUGAAAAUUCUGAAGAACUGGUAGAAAUUUACUUAAAACCACAUUUGAAAGAGUAAUUUGUCCAAUAUGUGUAUAUUGUAUUUUUAGCAGGAAUUAUGUAAUUGAUGAAUAGGUACAUACUUUAUAUAUGUUUUAUUACCUAAUAAAUAAAUGUCAGUGUUUCA